AUGGGCCACCAGGUUCUCCAGCCUCGGUCACCGACGGCAUGCGGCAGAGUACAACUUCGACGACCUUCAACCGACCAAGAACCAGCUGGGACCUAUCUCUCCAAGGCUGAAGUGCUGCUAGCCAACGUGGAACAACAAGGAGCCAAUAUACCACCCUCUAAAACUUACGGCGACAAAUACACCAACCAAGUGGUGGUUGUGACUGGGUCAGCACAUGGGAUAGGGCAUGCCACUGCGGCCCUUUUUGCCAACCAGGGAGCGAAUGUGGUCCUUGUAGACCUUGACGAGCAACAGCUCAAAAAUGUCGAGGCAAACUUCGAAUCUGAAGGCAAGAACGUGACCUAUAGAGUCGCCAAUCUGGCAUCAGAAGAACAGGUCAAUUCAAUGAUCAACGAAGUUGUCUCCUCGCUAGGCAGAAUCGACAUCCUCAUACACAUUGCUGGCAUCUACCCGUUUUGCCCCCUCCUCGAGCAAACGACUCAGGAAUACAAGAAAGUGAUGACAGUCAACAUGGACAGCUGCUUCUAUUUGACUCGGGCGGUGCUUCCACACAUGCAGAAAGCAGGGUAUGGGCGAAUCAUCAACACCGCGUCUGGAACCGCCUCGCACCCGGAACCUGGCCUAGCGGUCUACGCGGCAUCCAAGAGCGCCAUAGUUGCCUUCACACGGGCCACGGCGGCGGAGGCUGGCCCGGGGGUAACGGCGAAUGUCGUAUCUCCAGGCCUCGUCAUGACAGAGACAACCUGGAGCUCUCCUCACGCGAAACCGAUCUUCGACAAGGCAAUGGAAAAGCAGUGCGUCAAGCGAUACGGCCAGGCCCGAGACAUCGCCCACAUGAUCAACUUCAUCGCGAGCCCUGAAGCGGAGUUUGUCACGGGCCAACUCUUGCAUGUCAGUGGAGGCAUGAUUUUCAACUGACGCAAAUCACCAGGGGAUCGAAUAUUGCGAGAAUGCGAGGCAUGCGGCAGUUGUGAAGGCCGACUCUCGGUCAGAGAGGGAGCAGAUGGCCCCGAGGACGGUCUGCCUUCCCACAUCCUCAACUCUUCCGACCUAUGCGAAGACCGGUCAUCCUAGAAGAGGCGGCACGACUUGCAGAUUUUCCAGCCAGACACAUAUCAAUGGCCAGUGAUCGGCGAGACCUGCAUUCAAACGGAAGCUGAACUCUUUCCCAUCAUCUGACCCAGCAGAUGAGGAACUUCGACCGAAACGUUGGUAAGCCAUUGGCCAAGGCCUCUAUCGGUGCGAAGCACCCGACUUCCCUCCUUUGGGGCACCGCCAGUCCACAAUAACUGGCCAGUGUGUCGUCGAAAUCCAGGAAGGAUGGGUAUUGGCGC